UGGUCUUCGAAAUUUGUUUACUAAGUUCAACUACUUUCUCGUUUGGGAAGAUUUCGAUGCUUGAAAUCAGUAACCUACUCAUCUGUUUGUCUUGCCUGAAAUUGUUCAUCACAAGCACUGGUUUCUGGUUUCUAUUUCCUCCUCAAACACGUUAUGAUUGCCGCAAUAGUAGCCAGAACCUCAAAAUCAAUGCCGACUCUCAAUGCUAUUCUAUCACUCAUACUCGAGCCUCCACCGACAUCAGUUCCUCGACUCACUGCACUGCCGUCACCGACCUGGAUCAUAGAAGUAGUUUCUACAGUGACUUGACUCUUGGUUGCCGUACUUGGAUACACGGUUGCUAUCAAGAUAAUGCUCGUUAGCAGUCAACUCUCUAGGUAAGUAGCCUUUGCGACUGCGACAUGGCCCAGCCAGGACCCAUGAGUA